AUGAUUCACACUCAGAUGGAAGAUUCUCAGUAUGAAAUCCGCCAACAGGUGCUGAAUCCGAACCAGCGCCAACAGCUGGAGGACAGACGACGGAUCAAGGAGCAAUUACAUCAGCUCGAGCAGGAUAACGAAUCCCCAACGCACAUGUACCGGCGCAAGCUGAAAAUAUCGACCGAUGUCGACUUGCUCGACAAGCACGAUUCGUUCUACCACACCACCAAGAGCUUGCUGGUGUUGUUCCAGAUCAUGGGUGUGAUGCCGAUUAUGCGCAGCCCGAAGGGUGUUGAUAUGCCCCGAACUACCUUCACCUGGUGCUCCAAGGCAUUCCUAUGGGCGUACAUUAUCUACGCCUGUGAAACGGUCGUCGUGCUGGUGGUGGCUAGGGAACGCAUCAACAAGUUCAUCUUUACCAGCGACAAACGGUUCGAUGAGGUGAUCUACAACAUAAUCUUCAUGUCGAUUAUGGUGCCGCACUUUCUGCUACCGGUUGCCUCCUGGCGCAACGGUUCUGAGGUGGCCAAGUUCAAGAACAUGUGGACCGACUUUCAGUACAAAUAUCUUAUCGUCACCGGGAAGCCGAUAGUUUUUCCCAAGCUGUAUCCCAUCACGUGGGCCCUCUGCAUCGUGUCGUGGUCGUUGAGUUUGGUAAUAAUCCUGUCACAGUAUUACCUGCAGCCUGACUUUCAGUUUAGUCACACCUUUGCCUACUACCAUAUCAUCGCCAUGCUAAACGGGUUCUGCAGUCUUUGGUUUGUCAAUUGCACCGCAUUCGGUACGGCUAGCAAGGCCUUCGCCAAGGAGCUAACAAACGUACUAGCGACUGAACGGCCAGCAGCGAAAUUGACCGAAUAUCGUCACUUGUGGGUGGACUUGAGUCACAUGAUGCAACAAUUAGGUAAAGCCUACUCCAACAUGUACGGUAUCUACUGUUUAGUCAUAUUCUUUACUACCAUUAUUGCCACUUACGGUUCGCUGAGCGAAAUUAUCGAGCACGGUGCCACAUAUAAGGAAGUGGGUUUAUUUGUCAUUGUUUUCUAUUGCAUGAGCCUGCUGUUCAUCAUUUGCAACGAGGCCCAUCACGCAUCCAAAAGGGUUGGACUGAACUUUCAGGAACGAUUGUUGAAUGUUAAUUUGACGGCAGUCGACAAGGCUACGCAAAAGGAAGUGGAAAUGUUUCUUGUCGCCAUCGAUAAAAAUCCUCCCACGAUGAAUUUAGAUGGAUAUGCCAACAUUAAUCGAGGGUUGAUCACAUCGAACAUUUCCUUUAUGGCUACAUAUUUGGUCGUUUUAAUGCAGUUCAAAUUAACCUUACUACGACAAAGCGCUAAAAAUGCUUUCAUUUCUUCACUAAAAACUAACUUGUCUAGAAUUCGCACUCUCGAUGCAGAAAAACAUAACACCUAG